CUUCAUCCUUCCGCCCGGCUUUCCUCCCCGCUGCCGCCGCCGCCGCCGCAGACUGGCUCCCGGCUCGGCGCGGCGCGGCUCGGCCCGCUCGGCCCCGCCAUGUCGCAGGUGCUGCCCUACGGCGAGGACAAGGUGGGUCGCUACGGCGCCGAGCCCGAGGCGGGGGAGCUGCCCUUCAGCUGCCGCCUGCAGGACACCAACGCCUUCUUCGGGGGCAACCAGGGCAAGCGGCCCCCCAAGCUGGGACAGAUCGGCCGCGCCAAGAGAGUGGUGAUCGAGGAUGACCGGAUAGACGAGGUGCUCAAGGGCAUGACGGAGAAGUCGCCAUCGGGGGUAUAAACCCGGAGAACCACCACCAGGACCCACGGAGGGGGGGGGGGCCAUGCCCACGCCCCCCCCCCACACCCCGGGGAGGGGGUACCGCACGCCGGGGGCCCCCGCUCCAUCCCCGCCUUCGGGGCCGCCCCCUCGGGCCAUGCACUUUACCCCCCCCUUCCCCUGGGCAGAGGGACCCCCCCCCAAAUAAAAUAUACCUUUAAGGUGGGGGGGGGGGGGGGGGGGGUCGGAGCGGACUCGGAGCGCUGCUGCUGCCCGGAGAUAUUCUUUGCUCCAUCGUUUUCUGCAUGAGCUUUGGUGGCCCGAGCGCCGUGUCCUGGUGUCGAGGGUCAGCCCCACUCCGGCACGCUUCUUUUUAACAGGAAAAAUCCUCAUAUUUGUAUUUUUAUAUCUAUCGAUCCGAAUCUUUGUUAAAAACGAUCGAUCCGCCGACGUCGGUCCGCUGUUGGAGUCUGCAGUGUAAAGGGGUCAUAUUUUUUUCCAUAAGAAAACAACAAAAAGAGAGAAAAAAAAUAUAAAUAAGGGGGGGGGAAGAUGGAGGAAGGGAGAAAAAAGGAAAUAAAAAGAGAGAAAAGGGGAAAAGAGAGAAAGGAGUGAAAAGGGGGGGGAUAAAAAGAGAGAAAGGGAGCAGUAAAGAGUGAAAAGGGGGGAAAAAUAAAAAGAGAGUGAAAGGGGGGAAAACAAAAAAAGUGAAAGGGGGAAAAAUAUUGAAAAGAGAGAAAGGGGGAAAAUGGGAAGAAAAGAGAAA